UGGUGAUUCAUUUAUCAAUAGUCGCGACCGUAAUCAAAGAUGCAUGAUAUCAAGCUGGCAGUAGCUUCUUCGGAGGUUGAUUAUUUUAACGAUCUGGCUAUUUCACAUAAAACAUUAUUCUAAUGACGGAUGGAAAGAGAUGGAUCAAUUAUGACAGAUUUCAUCCCUCAAUCGCCUAAAAAACGUACAGAAUGCGAAUACUGUCAAUUCUGUUUAAGAAGCUUACAGUGUUACUUCAAUUGUUCUCUAGUGAAAUAUGUCUUACACCACUUAACGCAUGAACAUAUGUUGUGUUGCAAUGAUCAAGACAAAUGUAUUAAUAAGACAUGUUGUACUUUGUGCCAAAUCUGCGCCGAUUCUCUUUGUGAUAAAUUAUACAAAAGCAAGGCUAAACCACAUAAGUGUGAGCGCAGUUUUAAUACUGAUUCCGCUAAGCUAAAUGAUUGGCAAACAGAGAUUUCAAGUCAAAUUUUGCAUACAUAUUGUCAUAUAAAUUUAUUCGAUCAGCAAGUGAUACAUAAAUCCUGUACAUUGGAGGGCGAAUUAUCAUCAAGUACCAAACAUGACGGAAUUUCUCGGGACGAAUAUGGCAUGUUAUUACCAGAUAUUAUCAAGUUGCCUCUGGAUCAAGACCAAUCGUUUCAUGAGGACGGGAAGAGACUAAAGAGAGCUCGAAUGGAUGAUUGUAUCAAUAAAGAUACAACUAAGUUGUGUGACAUUUAUACGAAAUUGUCAGAGAUUGAAUCAAAGUUAAGCUUAAUAGAGGGAGUAACAAAACACGAUAGAGCAGAAACAGAAAAGACCUUUCAUGAAAUACAGAAAUCAAAUGCGGACAUAGGGAAAAGGGUGAACGAUUUGAUUAAGAAUGUUGCAAUACUGAAGACGUCAUAUGAGCAGCUUAAUGGUAUGACAACUCACAUGGACAAAGAUACAUCACGACAGAAAGAACGGGGGGCAUUUUUAGAUGAUUUACCAUGCAAUGCAAAUAGGUCACAGUAUAGAUGUAGAUGGUCUAAUGAAGAAGAUACGCCAAACUUUGUAAAUGUACAGAAUAUUCGAGAACUCCAUAUGACUGUCGAACAGAAAGGUAAUGCUACCUUUACCGUGUUCUCUCCGGGAAGCAACGUUCAAGUAGGAACUAUUGUUAUGGGUAAUCAAAAUAUAAAGUUAACGUCAGUUGAUCAGGUGUCGCAAGUAACGUCCUACUCCAACACGAUGCACUCGUAUACUGGAACUUGAAUAAUUGAACAAUUGAAACAUGAUAUUAGAACAUUUAUAUUGAAUUGAAAGUUAAAAGUUACUUAUUGGUCCA